UGGGAGUUCCUUAUAUAAGGAUUACAAGAUAAAAAUAAAUGGAAAGAAUACAUAUUCUAAUCCAACAGGAAAUAUGAAAACUAAUAAAACAUAGAAAAGGAAAACAUCAUAAGUUCUAAGUUGGCUAGGUCAUGAGCCGAUUCUCUCUCCUCCUUUCGGCCGCGGCUGGACUUGAUGUGGCCGACAGGCUUUCUCCUCUUGUCUUGAUUAAUGACAAUCCACUCGAUGAUUUAUAACAAUUAACUCAUUGUCGAAAUUUUUGGGUAUCAAUUCUUUGUUUAUCUAUAGUCAUACUUAUUAUCGAUUGUUUCAGAAUUGUCCAUAUAAAAUUAUGACAUAAACAGCGAUCAUACUAAUACAGAAUAAUUAGUAUAUAUAAUCUUCUGCUACUAAAGACUAUGUUACAUGUAUAUCAUAGUGAUUACUGGUUCAUGAUUAUUUUAUGAAAAAGUUGAUAAAUAAGCAGCUCGAGUAUUUUAGAACAAGAUUGUCACUCUUCCAUUAUUUUUGACCUCUGACUCUACUUAUUUAAUCAACAGCAUAUUUUCCGUAUUUAAUAAUUAAACAAACGAAAAGAAAAGAACAAAACGAAAGGGUGGACCACAUGCGUGUCAAGAAAGGCCGGUCGUUACCGUUAAUCUGUGUCGCGCUCUAAUUGGGCCACGUUAACGGCGUACCCGGAACACGUGUAUAGAUCCUGAAAAUGAAAAAAGAAGAACGGACGGCAGAGAUUGUAUCUAGGUACCAGGAAAUGGAACGUCACACCAAACGGUACGUGUCGGAUGCUGCCCGUCGAUGGGGGCAACUCAUUAAGCUUUCAUUCACGCCCCCUGCCCGUAAAUUACGUGUUACCCUUCCAUGCGGAGGAAAAAAAAAAAAAAAAAAACUUUUCUUUUCCCUUUUCCUUUUUAAAUCAAACCUUUCCUUUUUAAAAUCCCCAUUGCAUUUCUUAACGCUCAAUAUCUCUCUCUAUUUCUCUCUUCGUCUCAGUGAUUGUAUCUGAGAAUUGUUUUGUUUAUUUUGAUCUAUAAUUGAAGUUGUUAUUGUGGUGUUGCUGAGAUCAAAUGGCUGGGAUUUGCUGCGGUGUUGUUGGGGAGAGCGAACCGGCGGUUACGGUCGAUUCGUCUACUCGAGCUUCUCUUAGACGGAGGUUAGAUCUACUCCCUUCGAUCAAAAUAGUUGCUCCUCCGCUUGAGAGCUCACGUAAGCGGCAGAAACGUGAGACACCGUCGGGAAAUCAAGAUCUGGAAUCGAAUGUACGUAGCGAGAGGAACGUGGAGAAGAAGGCGCGAUCAUCACCGGUUAAGAAUUCAAAUUUGAUUCCGAGCUCCGCGACGGAAGCAGAGAGCUGUUUCGUCUCCGAUGCGCCUAAGAUCGGAACGACGUCGGUUUGCGGCAGGAGAAGAGACAUGGAAGACGCCGUCUCGGUUCACCACUCGCUGAUCCACAAAAACUCCGAGAAUCUCCACUUCUACGGCGUUUUCGACGGCCACGGCUGCUCUCACGUCGCGGAGAAGUGCAGGGAGCGUUUGCAUGAGAUUGUCAAGCGGGACGUCGAAGCUAUGGCCGCCGGAGGAGAGGACGAGUGGAAGGAGACGAUGGCGAAGAGCUUCCAGAAGAUGGAUCGAGAAGUUUGCCAGCGAGACUCUAACAACGGUGCGGCGAGUCGGAGCGUGAAGAGCUCGUGCAGAUGCGAAUUGCAGUCUCCUCAGUGCGACGCCGUCGGAUCCACCGCCGUCGUGUCCGUAGUCACGCCGGAGAAGAUCGUCGUCUCUAACUGCGGAGACUCUCGCGCCGUGCUUUGCCGUAACGGAGUGGCCAUCCCUCUCUCUUCGGAUCAUAAGCCGGAUCGACCCGAUGAAUUGAUUCGGAUCCAACAAGCGGGCGGGCGGGUUAUCUACUGGGACGGCGCCAGGGUUCUAGGAGUUCUCGCUAUGUCGAGAGCUAUUGGUGAUAACUACUUAAAACCGUAUGUGAUUCCGGAUCCGGAGGUAGCCGUAACGGAUCGAACCGACGACGACGAGUGCUUGAUCUUAGCGAGUGAUGGACUCUGGGACGUUGUGACGAACGAGACUGCGUGCGGCGUUGCUCGCAUGUGCCUUCAAGGUGCUGCUGCGGCGGAUGGAGGAGACUCUGAUACGGCGCACAACGCGUGUUCGGACGCUGCGUUGCUGUUGACGAAGCUGGCUCUGGCGAGACAGAGCUCCGAUAACGUUAGUGUCGUGGUGGUUGACUUGAGGAAAAGGAGGAGUAAUAAUCAAGUGUCUUGAUUUAGUGAUUUAAUUAGUAGUAGUAUUAGAUUAGAUAAAUUGUUACAUACCUAAUUGUAAUUUUUGUUGAUUUUUAUUAUUUUUCUGUUUUAGUUUUAUCUUGUUUAAGGUUUUUUAAAACAGCUCUUUAUUCAAGCUCGGGAAGAAAAGGAGCUGAUUUAAAAGUUGCGUAUUUUCUUUUAUUUUAGGCAUUAUUAUCAUAUACGUGUAUUUCUCUUUUUCUAAUCAAUUAGAGAUGUAAACAAGUAUUACGUUAA